UGGGGUGGCUAAAGGAGGCCCGUUAAGGCCCAUUAAGACAUCUGACUUGAGUGGUACUCUUUCCCUAACCUAUUCCACUUUUCCCAACCCUAAACACAGCAAUUCAUCUGAUUUUUGGUCUCCGAUUGCUAAAAAAAAGGAUUUCAAUUUGUAAUGACGAAAUCAGGAGCUCAAAAGGGCGGAUUCAGUUUCGAUCUUUGCAAAAGAAAUGAGAUGCUGGCAAAGAAGGGACUGGGUCCUCCUACUUCUUACAGAAAAACUGGAACCACAAUUGUCGGCCUCAUUUUCCAGGAUGGUGUCAUUCUUGGGGCAGACACUAGAGCAACGGAAGGCCCCAUUGUAUGUGAUAAGAACUGUGAAAAGAUUCAUUAUAUGGCACCCAACAUCUACUGUUGUGGAGCAGGAACUGCUGCUGAUACUGAGGCAGUAACAGACAUGGUCAGCUCACAGCUGCAUUUACACCGCUACCACACUGGCCGAGAAUCAAGGGUUAUCACAGCAUUGACGCUUCUUAAGAAACAUCUUUUCAAUUAUCAAGGUCAUGUUUCGGCUGCUUUAGUGCUUGGUGGAGUAGACUGUACUGGGCCUCAUUUACAUACUAUUUAUCCACAUGGAUCAACUGACACAUUGCCAUUUGCUACAAUGGGUUCCGGUUCUCUUGCUGCAAUGGCUAUUUUUGAAUCAAAGUAUAAAGAAGGAUUGAAUAGAGAUGAAGGUAUAAAGCUUGUGACUGAAGCGAUAUGCUCUGGUGUUUUCAAUGACUUGGGAAGUGGAAGCAAUGUUGAUAUUUGUGUAAUUACAAAGGGAGAGAAGGAAUACUUAAGGAACCACUUGCAACCAAAUCCACGUACCUAUGUCAAUCCAAUCGGCUACACUUUUUCAAAGAAGACUGAGGUGCUAUUGACAAAGAUCACGCCAUUGAAGCAGACAGCAAAGGAAGUGAUUGAAGGAGGCGAAGCAAUGGAAGAAUGAGGCAUAGUUUUAGAAUGGUAAUGGCUAUAAUGGUGAUCAUGUCAUUGGGAUGUUUUGUAAUGUUAAUACUAUAUUGACUUGAUGCUAGGAAAACUGUGUGGGUGAAGAACCUUUUCAUGUCCAGCACUUAUUUCAGAUUUUCCUAAUCGCUUUUGUUUUUA